AUAUCCCAUUUAAACUUUGACGGUUUCUUGCUCACCGUACUUAUCUGACUAUGGGCCCAUGUGGUUGCAAAUAGGUCAUUGUGCAGGAUUUCCGCGGUUCCCAACACAAUACUCUUCCCUAUCUGAACAUACUCUCUACUUGUAUUCAACAUCUUCAUAAAGCAAUAACAAUCGUUAUGCUCCCGAGGUUUCCUUACCUCAUCUAUCAACAUCACUCUACCAUGGUUUUCAUCGUUCAAUUCUUGAGAACUCAAAUUACUACUACUAAAAUUAAAUUCUUUUAACUGAUUGGUGGUAAUCACUCUACUCACCACGCGCGCUACAUAUAUACCCCUGAUACCAAGAUCCAUGGGUUCUACUAAUACUUCUGCAGGAAUAUCUACAUCUUGUUUCCCUUUAAUCCUACCAAUGAUAAAAUUUUGCGACAAUAUCCAGAAGUAUUUUAAUACUUUUAUAAUAAGUCUUGAUUGACUUUAAUAACUUUACAGUGACGUUUUUUAGUGAACAGAAUUACAGACAAUACUCACAUACGAUGACCACAGUGCACAGCAUGCUUGUUAGUGUUGGCUUUCCUGUUACUCGUCUUGACGAAUACUGUUUGAAACAUUAUCGCUGACUGGAAAUGGAGGCUCAUAUCAUUGGCCGCGUUUAUUGAGAAUUAUGAAGCAAUAUUAGUAGGAUUCUUUCAAGCUACUUUCCAAUACAAUUCAUCAAUCGUGAUGUGUGAUGAACAAUUUUAAUACCUUAAAACAUUCUGGAGUCUCUUGCAACAAGAGUGCCAAAAAUUAUAUUGCACAGAGCUGCAGAAAUAUUUCCAUCUCUUAAAGGGAACUGUAUGGAUUCGGUGAAAGAUGAACCUCAUUCAGACAAUGAGACUUGUCAGGAUGGAAAUCAGGUCAUCAGUGUAAAAGCUGAGGAUGUCUCAGAUAUGGAAAUUGAAGAACACUAUAUGGCAAUAACAUUUCCAGUUAUAAAGGAUAAACAGGAGCAGAGUCCUCAGAAUGAACAUGAACUUAAGCAUGGUGGGGGACAUCCCAAUUCCUGUCAUGUAUGCAGUAAGUCAUUCCAUUGGCCAAGUGGUCUAAAGCAACGUCAAAGCACACAUAGUGGAGAGCGUCUAUAUACCUGUAAUGUGUGCAAUAAGUUGUUCCAACAGAAUAAUAAUUUGAAGAUACAUAAGUGUGUACAUAGUGGCGAAUGCCCAUAUUCCUGUGAUAUGUGUAAUAAAUCUUUCGCUUGGAAAAGUUGUCUGAAGAAACAUCUUUUCUUACAUCGAUAUCCUGUGAUGUGUGUGACAGAUCAUUCAGUCAGUGGAGUCAUCAGAAGAGACAUUAGAGCAUGUAACAUGGAUAGUGUCCAUGUUUCUGUGUGUGUGUAUGUGCACUAAACAGAGUGAUCUCAAGAAUCAUUAAUGUAUGUUUUGGUGUUUUUCCUAUUGUGUGUAAUAUGUCGUUUCAUUGUCAGGGUACUCUGUGCAGACGUAAUUGUAUACACAGC